GUACCAUUAGGCAGAAAGGGUUCAUUCGCUGGACGGUCUCAGUCACAGAGUAGGCAGACGAACACAGAUAACAUCGAAGAAAGCUACUCUAAUUGCCCAAUCAGUUUACCUGUCAACUGCCGUUGUUAUUGUCAUUAGGAUGGACAGGCCACGAGCAACGACUGACCAAGGUCAGAUGUCCAGUGUAACACGGCAGCAGCACUAUGGCCAGGCGCUAACACCGGACAGUUCUCCUGCGCUCUCUCCAGCCUCAGUAUCUAGUGGGAGCCACACCUCCAUCAGCCCUGGCCUCACGAUGGCGAAACAUACGCCUUUCUUCGUACAAGAUAUCCUCGACCCGAGGAAAUUCACCGGCUCCACGAGCCCUAUCUCCCGCGUGUGGCACCCGUGGGGUAAAGAGGAGAAGCUGGGGUCGGAGCCGCCCACCAGCCCGGCCGGUAGUUCAAGUUGUGAUUCCAUAGAAAAGACUGCUCCAGACUUCAGUGAGAAUUCAAGGCAGGACUCCGAGAGCGAGCUGAAAUGUAAAGAGGAAGACCUCAAGGACGAGAUGAGCGAGGCAACGACAGAAGUGGACGAUACUUUAUCCCAGCGGUCGACCGCAGAAGUCAGUUCUUUGAGUUUAGAAAACUAUUCAGGUGAUGAGGAUUCCAAAGAAGGGAUAGACAGUCCAUACUCCCUGAACGAUAGCAAUUGUAGCAGCAAGGGCGGGAAAGCACGGCGCGCUAGGACUGCAUUUACCUACGAGCAACUUGUUGCAUUGGAGAACAAAUUUAAAACCACGCGCUAUCUGUCAGUCUGUGAACGUUUGAACUUAGCACUAAGCUUAAGUCUCACGGAGACGCAAGUGAAAAUUUGGUUCCAGAACCGAAGAACAAAAUGGAAAAAACAGAACCCUGGCAUGGACGUGAACAGCCCUACUAUCCCACAUCCCCCACACGGCAGCCUGGGAGGGGGCUUGUCUUCGUAUGCGCCUCAGACAUACACUGCUGCCCUCUUGUAUGGGCAACCAAUGCACCCCCUACUACACAACCCGCACCCGGGAUAUUUUCUGGGCCAGUCCCACGGCUACCCAGUGUCAGCAGGACUACCCCCACAGGCAUCACCCCCACCGGCACACCAGUACUAUCCCAGUCUGGGACAUCACUUGUAGGACUCACUGUUAUAUAAUGGAACUUUCUUAGACUGCAUGUUAAAGAAGGAGGAGGCGAUUUUUUUCUCUCUCGCAAAAUUAAGCGAGUAUUUUACUUCAUAAGUAAAACAUGAUUUAAAUAUAUCGCAUUUGAAUGUAUUUUUUUCUGAUUUAGUUGAAAAAAAAAACAAUUGCAAUUUGAGAUCACAGAGCGAGAGAGAGAAAGAAGCAGAUCGUCUCGAACUUUAAACUUAUUGAGAAAAUCGGUUUGUCUGCAUUAUUUUCAAUAGAUUAAAAUGUGAUAUGUCCUUUUGAGGUGAAAUUGUCAAAAAAAGGGAAAUAUUACCAAAAUAUCAAAUGAGUAUUUCCCUUCUUCAGUUCACCUCCAGUACCUCAAAUAUUUCUGUUUCCCUGGGGUCGUUGGGCAUUGUAAACGGUGUUUAAGUUUGAGAGUCAAACCAGCUAGGUGAAUCUUUAAGUUUAUAAGAUGUAUGUAUUUAUUUGUUCAUCAAAUGAAACUUUUGUAACACUUUUUUUAGAUUGCUAUGCCAGAUAUUAUAAGGAGAGCUUGCCAUGACAUCAGGGCGUCACUAAGUGAUGACCGAUUGUACAGUUUGAGAUUUAUUUUUAUGAAACGUUUAUAGUAACAUUAGGUAUUUUGUUGAUAGGAUAUGACAAAUAUGACUCUUUUUUUCUGUUCUAGCGCCCUAGUGCUUUAAUGUAAUAUUAGUUAUAGCAAACACAUUAACGAGCACGAAUGACGCAUACCUCAUAUUUCAGUCGGGUCAAAUUGAAUAAGGCCGCAACUUGCCAAUUUGCGCAUGCUCAAGUGAGGUGCUACCAAGUUAUUAACAUUAUCUAGUCACCAGCAAAAAAUUAAAACAAUGUCUGUAUCAGUUGAAAGGUUUGCAGCUAUUGUUCUUGUUCAUUUUCCUGAUCGUGAACUUAUGCUGUUACAUUUGGUUAUGAUUGAAUGAUACCAUAAAUAUUAAACAGAAUUGGAUCUAUAACCCAUAUUUACUUGUAUUUUCAA